CGAACAGGAGUAGGAGCACUGUCAUCCAUUGGUAGAGCGAGAGCGCUUUUGCUGCGCCGAGAGCAGCCAGGAGCAGUUCUGUCUGCUCCCUCUUAAAAAGCGGAGUGAGUGGAAAACGCAGGAAACCACGUGUUUGGAACGUCAUGUCCGGACAUACCCUCUCAGCAAUCCUCCUCACUUGUUUACAUUUUGCGGCGUCGUGUCGGGCGGUUAUGGCGGCAGCGAAGCGUGCGUGGUGCUCGGGCUCGAACGAUUUUAACGUCGUAGCGGCAGAUUCUGGCAGUGAACGUCCACCUUGCCUGCCUUCAGAUUCACGGAUGGCGGAGGCAGCAAAACGUCGUCGUCUUGCCGAAGUAUUUGACGAGCUAGACGAUGUCAGCAGCGAUAGCUGCUGGAGCUCUACGUCCGAGUCGAGUUCAAGCAGCAGCGACGAUGACGACGAAGUGUAUGCAGCAGCGUUUCAGCAGCUCUUUUCUCUGCCAGAGCGAAGGCCGAAAGUGGAAGCAUAUGUUACAAAGACGGUGGCUAGCUACUCCGACGAGGAGUUCAAAAGAAAUUUCCGCGUCACGCGGCCGGUCGUGGACUUCUUGGCAGCAGAAUUCGCCAAGUCACCGCACUGCCCUCAGAACAGUGAUCAUGGUGGCCUGCCUGCCAAGUCGGCUGAAGAACACAUUCUCUCCUUUCUUUGGUAUGCAGCCAACAAAGCAUGCAUUAGAGAUGUCGCUGGCCGCUUUGAAGUCGCAGAAAGCACUCACCACAGAAUGAUGGGCCGAGUAACUGCAUUCCUGCUCGACAUAGCACCGAAUGUAAUCAAGUUCCCCAGUGACCUGCAGAAGCUUGCUGUGGAUUUUGAGAAGCUGUCGGGAUUCCCAGACACAAUUGGGUGUGUUGACGGAAGCUACAUGCCUAUCAGGUGCCCAGCCAGGAAAGUGCGAUCUGUUUAUAUAAACCGGCACCAUUACCUAUCCUUGACACUUCAAGGUGUUUGUGACAACAAGAAGAGGUUUCUUGAUGCCAGCACUGGCUACCCAAGCAAAAUUCAUGACGCACGCAUUUUCCGUCGGUCCAGGAUUUCAAGUGUUUUGCCACAACUGUGCUCUAGCAAGUACCAUAUAGUGGGGGAUGCUGCAUAUCCUUUCCGGGAGUACCUGAUGACACCAAUUCGAGACUAUGGGAAUCUUGACAGCAUCAAAAAACCUUCAAUGCAAGACUCUCCGGGACAAGGGUGCUUAUUGAAAAUACUUUUGGCGAUUUAAAAAAUCGUUUCAGACAACUGCACAGGUUGGAUAUGUGGACAGUGGAUAACAUGUCCAAGUUUAUCAUU